AUGAUGAGAUCUCUUGUCAGGUCCAGGGCGUUGAGGCUGAAGUCCACAUAUGGGUCACAGGCUACGGACAAUUAUCCGAACGGGUGUCCUCUCCCUGGUUUCCUCUUCCUGUUAUCAUUCGAUCAUCGUCUGGCUCGGAAAAGAGUACACUACAUUCUCUUUGCCGCAAGGCCAAUGCUCGCCAUCGACAAGGGGACCUGGACAUACAAGGUUAUGUUUGUCAGUCUCUAG